AUGUCAUUGCGCGGGCCCAUGCGCCAGUCGCACCUGCGGCAGGUGAGCGCCGCAAGCCUGGAGACUGUGUCGACCAUGCAGUCCUCCAUGGAGACCGCUGGUCGCGAUCCCGGCCCCACGCCAGACGAGCGCAUUGUCCGGCUGUCGACCAGCCUCACUCGGCACCAAUGCACGCUCUGGGUCCACGAUGAGACCUUCUCCCGAGAGGAGAUUCUCCUCAACCCAUCCGCCUUGGGCGAAAGCGGAGUUCAAGUCGGCGAUGUGGUGGAGAUUCUGCCCGUACGCGCUGCCGGCGAUACAGUCCACUCGGGCCUCAAGCCGGACAUCAACGUCAAGACAGCGCGUGAAUCUCACCCGGAUCUGAAUACUUCAUCACAAACAGACAGCCGGUUGAAAUUCAAGACGCCGCUGCAGACUCGUUGUUUGUUCGUGGUGAAACCGAUGCCGCCGGACAUUAAGGCCCGGAAUCCCAGACUGGAAAUUUCCAUCACCAAUAGUGUUGCCAACAUCUUUGGCUUCAAGAACCGCACCCAGAUUUUGUUGUCCAUCGUGAAUCGCGAACACUGUGCGGCGUCUCAUGUGGACAUCGCCUUUCGAGACCAAUACAUGGUUCGGUCUGACAUGUGGAGAUUGGUUAUGUCCGAACUGGCCGAUAGAAUUAUAUACAAGGGUCAGAAGAUUUUGUUCAUGGGCAGCAUCAAAGCGACAAUCAAGAAUAUCUUCAUUCGGGAGAAGAAGGUGCUCUCGGGAUACUUUGCUCCAAACACCAUCCCGGUUUUUCGAAGCGAGUCUGCCAAAUAUGUCCUGUUUAUACAGAUGUCCAGGGAGAUGUGGAAUUUUGACUCCGAAGGGUCCGGAGACGUCCUUUUCAGUCGAGUGAUCAACGGGUUCCUGCCGGAGCUGUUCAAAAGAUGGGUAAAUUCAGACGCAAAGCAUUUGGUCACGAUCGUGCUUUUCACUCGAGUGGAAUACGACGCGUCUGCUCACCCAAGCAUCUCUUCCCUGACAACGGGCAACCUCAAGAGUGCGAAUGAUCCAAAUCAUGUGCCUACCAGAGAUUUCUAUCGCGUGGUGGUCAACGAUAUGGCUAGUGGCCAUUGGACUACCAUUUUGGACGAGCUCAAGAGGAAUUUUCGGACGUUCCUGAGAGACGUCUCGAUUUUGAAGACGGAGGACCUCGACGUCGCAGUUGGAAGUGGCGUUAAAAUCCCUUCCAAGCCAUAUACGGCCACGAUCGCGGGGCAACCAAGCACGGCUCUGCGAGGCAACAUUUUAGAGGCCAUCCAUCUUGCCUCGGCUCAUUUAGCAUAUGACCAUAUUGAUCGAGACAUGGUCCACACCGGAACCUCCAUCAUUGUCAUCACCCCAGGCAGCGGUGUAUUUGAGGUAUCCUAUGAGUCAUUGGCUUCUACAACGGAAGCGUUGGCAAACCGUGGAAUUGCCAUCGAUCUCGUCUGUCUCAGUCCGAUGCCCCUUCACUCGGUACCUCUUUUCAAGUAUCGAGAACCGGUGCAGCGACCGUCGACGUCAACCGCUGGCGCGAGUGAUACCUCCAAGGGCAAUAUGUCACCGGAAAUACACCAUUCCAUCUCCAGUCUUGUGAGCAGAUCAUCAUACCUCUCACCGAGCUCGUACUUGUCUGCAACGAGACUGCGUGAAAGAGGAGCCCCUUGCGCCAACGAUUGGAAUUACGGCAUUCCUCACUGGCUCGAUAUCUCAUAUUGGAACCCGGAAACCUACCGAGAAGCUCGACGAAUCUUGAAGAACGACCCAAAUGCACCAAUUCCAUUGACUGUUACUAGACCAUCCAAAGCAUUCACACCACGCGUUCGGAUGUACGAGAUACAGAUGAUGGGAGUCAUGGAGAGCGAACAGUCAAAUAUCUCUAUUCCUUAUCUUCUGGAGGGCCGUGACAUGACGAGACCACGAGCGUCCUGGCCAGAAAAUAGCCUCAUCUCUCGCGGGCCACUCAAAGCUCGAUUUGCGCAGUCCUCUUUGAAGGUUGAAUAUAGCGAUAGUCUCCGGCCGAGGUCGUUCCUCGAGAAUAUCGAAGACCAAAGCGAACUUCGAACGAGAUCCCAACAAAAGCCACGCAAGUCAGCCAUGAAAUGGAUGGAUCAGUACGACGAUGGUGUCUUUGUGGCAACUCCCAAGCAGCGUCGGAACCAAAGACCCAAGAAUAAGCGCCUAAGUGAACCGGAAGUUCAAGCUGCUGGAGCCCAUGAACGCAUGUCUGCUCGAUCCAUCUCUCGUCUUCGGGACAAAGACAACAAUAUUCUCGAGACAAAUCCAGCGAUGCGAGCUGGCCCUCGACGGAUUGACACCUCGGUUAUGGUCACGCCCAAAAGCCCUCUCUCUUCGAAUGGCAGUUCAUCGCCUCAAAAGCCGGCGCUGAAACCGUUGAUCGCACCGAAGUCCUCGAGGAUUUCCAGAACAAUCAGUUUUGCCCUUCGAGGGUUGAGUACUGCACCCUCCAAAGCACAAGCAAGCACUGGAAUCCAUGUUGAACACGCCAAUGCACUACCCAUGUCAAAUCAAAGACACCCUGGGAGCACCUUUUCCGACACGAAAAGUAUCGCGUCUCUGAGCCCUUCAGAAACCACCCCUACGCCAACAAUUAUGGAGGUCUCGUCAUCUCGGCCAACCACUCCUCCCAAAGACUUACGUGAGGGUCGCCUUACUCCUUCCAAGCCAAUCUCCAUCAGGGCUCCUCCUAAGAAACCGUCCGAAUCUUCGGGUAAGCAGGGGCACAGACGAACCGAAGCAGCUGGGACAGACAAUCCAUUUGACGAAGGCGGUCGCGAGGAAGGACAGGCUCGAUCUCAUGAGCAAAAGCCAGAAAUCACGAUCAACCACGGCUCACGCGAUGUAUCCGCGAAGGGAUCUCCAAGCAAAGCCUUGGCUCCCUGGGUUCGAUCUGUCAACCCGUGCAACACCCCAAAGGAUGUGUUGCGCAAUACCAGUUGGUUCGGCCGCUGGCAGCAUGCAUAUCCUCGUCCUCCUCAUGUCGCUGUGGUGAAGUGGAAGAGUUUGAAGUCACCUGCGGUGCUUCCCUUGACCACUGAAGAAUUCCCAACAGUGGGCGAACUCGCUUCAGACUACCUGCAAACCCCGUACCGCGUUUUCCCCAAUGACGAUGCGGACGGAUGCGAAGCACCAAAGACGCGAGGGAUACUGCUACGUGAGAUGAUAUCUUUGCGACUGUCUCAUGGCUUCCAGAUAAUUAUUGGGAAGAAUGUGGCCGAAGUUACCUCACAGCCAGCGCUGGAGUCGUUAAACGUCUUCGACACCCGAGGUCUUGAACGCGACGGAGUGACUGUUUUCCUGUCCAAGGGCAGCGCCAUCCACCGUCUCAUCUGCAUUCAGGGCGGAGAAAUCGAGGUCACGCGCUUCACACAUCAGACGUCUGCCGCACUCCACAUGCCAAGAAGAUCUAACUUCACAUUGUACCAGCCGGCUAUGAGAACAAUCUUGAGCCCAGAGUAUGAGAUCAAAGACAUCAAGUUGGAUCCGACUGCGGAAGAGUACAACUGGAACUACGCAGACAACUAUGUAGCUGGUCAUCGCGACUACCUGCAUAAUCCAGCGCAACAACUGCACUUCUGGCGAGUUCGCUACGUCUUGAUUCCCAUGCAACUGCAUCCCAAUUCCCGACGUCACCUCCAAUCGUUCAACGAGGACAAUGAGGAAGAAAUCCACUUGCUUGGUAUCAGCCAGUUGACGUCUCUCUGGCAAAAGCACAAAUACGUGUCACCAGAAGAAAAGCGAUUCGAGUCAUCAGCCAAGAAAAGAGACCAAAAUCCACUCAACAUCAUGUAUCAAACGCGUAACCCUUCCGAGGUUGUCGCGGCCGAACUGGACCGGGUUCUACUUACCGAUCCUGGACUCGAUAACCCGCCUGCUCAGCUUCUGCCGGAAUCCGAGCUGUUGGAGAGAUCCAGUCUGAAUCUCUCCUCGCUAGCACAAAGGAUUCAGGGCGAGAAGGGAGUGCGACUGAUGGAUCGACGUUGGCAUUGGAGACUGCACUACAAUUGUUUCAUUGGUGUGGAAUUUACCACCUGGCUCCUGCAAAACUUCAAAGAUAUUGAUACCCGUGACGAGGCUGUUGAAUUUGGCAACGAGCUGAUGAAGCACGAGUUGUUCCAACACGUCGAGAGGCGGCACAAUUUCCGUGACGGCAAUUACUUCUAUCAAAUCUCAGCCGAGUAUCGUCUCACACGUCCGGAAUCCCGGGGCGGCAGCUGGUUCCCUCAGCUUCGGGUAGACAAAUCGACCCCGUCAACGCCUGCCAUUGGGAAUGUGAAAGACUCACCUUCAAGUCUUCGCACUCGCUCUGACAGUAUCGAUGAUCGUGUUCCUCAAACACCAACAACUCCAUCCAAGGCCAAGAACAAGGUUGCUAUCAUGCUUUCAAAGUCUCUGAAGUACGAUGUGGACGUUCGAAAACGAUCGAAUCGCGCUGAGGUGAUCGACCUGCACUAUGACCGCCUGCACAAUCCAGAGAACUGCUUCCACAUCGAACUCAGCUGGAUGAACACAACCCCAAAACUCAUCGAAGACGCUGUCCAUUCGUGGGCCUCGACAGCCGAAAAGUUCGGGUUGAAGCUAGUCCAAGUUCCCAUCGCCGAAGCCUGCGCAAUCGACCGAACACAACCCUUCCGCAAGCCAUACAGAAUAAAACUGAAAACACCACCACCAAAAGGACCCCUGCACACAGUCUUCAACAGCGCCUCAUUCGCCCAACCAGGCCCACCCGACCACUUGUACUACCAGAAAUGCAUCCUACGCAAGUUCGACUUCGUCCUCGACUUCGAAGCCUGCACCGCCUUCCCCGCAGACGUGGAAGUCUCCUUCUCCUGGGGCAAACCCGACUAUAAAUACCCGCAAUUCAUCCACCGAACAGGCAGUCUCCUUGCCCAGAUAACCGACGAAGGCGACUUCCUCCUGCUCGCAAACCGACUUGUCAGCACUCGCGGCAGCGCAAGCCGCGACGCCCGACACGAGCACCACACCCGCACCGACUUCCGCGGUCGAACAGGCUCCCACGACCCAAUCUCGCCCCGACUCUCACCCCUCAUCCGCCCAUUGCACUCAGACGUCGGCAGCCCAAUAUCAGGUCCAGCAAAUAUUGACUCGGCGAAUCUCUACCGAGCACCGGAACACAUCCUCAACGGCCUGCUGGAAUUCUGCAACGAUUCGGUUCAGUUAGAACAAUUCUACAACGAAUCGCACCUGCGUCCUGCUUCGACGAAGGUCGAGCCUGCUACUGGCCAUCACCUGAUGGAUACAUCUAUUCCUUCGUUGGAAUUGCCUGCUAGUGUGGUGAGCCAUCAUAUCUCGCCUCCGCCUGGACUGCCGUCGCGGGUUACGAACGAGAAUCGCGAGUCGAGGGAGGGGCUGCGGUCGCCAGAGCUUGUGCGUUCGAGAGCGCGUGGGGAAAGUUUGAGUUAUACUCGCAGUCCGCGGAGUGGGACUCUGCGUCCUCUAAUUUAG